CGAUUUCUUUGAAAUCAUAGGCCGAAACAAAACCCUAUCUUCUCUUCCUCCUCCCGUUUUCCUUUCCCUGUUUUAUUUUAGGGUUUUCUCAAUCUGUGCUAAAGCUGCGAUCUUUAGAAUCCAUGGCUGAGUUAGUAAGCAAAGGAAGCGUCUUUUCCCCUUUCAACCACCGAUCUUCUUCUAUUUCUUUGAACGGAAGAAAAAGCUUCGUUUGUUCCCUCUCUCGCUGCUCGAUUGAGCCUGCAAGUAGUUUUCUUGGGAAGAAAUUGCUUGUCGAGAUCCAGAAGGGGAAACUUCCGAAUAGAAAUCUCCAUGCUGUUCCUGUUCAGAUGACGCUUUUGAUUGGAAAAGCUAUGAAGUGGUGGGAGAAGGGGAUACAGCCUAACAUGAAGGAGAUUACUUCAGCUCAGGAGCUUGUGGAUUCCUUGUCGGAAGCUGGUGACAAGCUUGUUAUUGUGGAUUUCUUCUCUCCUGGUUGUGCUGGUUGCAGAGCCCUGCAUCCAAAGAUAUGCCAAUUUGCUGAAAGGAAUCCAGAUGUUCUCUUUCUACAAGUGAAUUAUGAGACGCAUAAGUCCAUGUGUUAUAGCUUGAACGUCCAUGUUCUACCCUUUUUCAGGUUCUACAGGGGAGCAAAUGGUCGUCUCUGUAGCUUCAGCUGCACUAAUGCCACUAUAAAGAAAUUUAAGGAUGCAUUAGCUAAGCACAACACUGAGAGAUGCAGCCUUGGGCCAGCCAAGGGGUUAGAAGAGUCUGAGCUAUUGGCUUUAGCUGCAAAUAAGGAUCUUUGUUUCAACUAUACCAAGAAGGAAGAGCCUUUGCUCACUGCACCUGAAGUCAGGGAGCCAGUUUCUGCCAUUAAAGAGCUUCCACUUUCUCUAGUUUCAAAAGCCAGGCAAGAGUCUGAAGAUAAAGCCCUGGCUGUUUCUGGGAGAUAAGAUUUAAGUUUAUCAUGGUGGCUUAAUCAGACCUUUCAUCUGUAUUUCUGUACAGUUCUUUAUUUUUUUUUUCACUUGAUGUUUAUAAAAAUUGUACUGUGCUAAAGGCUUCCUCCAAAGUCUGUUGUAUGAGAAUGCAAGUUCAUGGUAGCUCAUUUCAGGCUAAGUUGUUUUUGGUGUUUGAUAGCCUGUUUGAUUAUGAUAAUAGAGAGAGAUAGCCUGCCUCCUUGAGGUAUUUAAUUUGUAUCAGAGCUUGUUUGAUAUUUUGUAUCUUUUGAUUCUAUUUAAAGAGUUAUUGCUUUCUUGUUCUUUUA